UCAGUGGGCUCCUAGAUCUUUCCCCCCUCCUCGCUGUGUGUGAACCCGUAAGCCAUGGGCAAGAAACGUCCCAGACCCGAGCCGGAGAAGAAGGAGGAAGAGAUGGACCGGCCCAGCACUUCCAAGGAGCCUUCAACGAGCUCCAAGCAACCUUCCGCGCCGCAGCAGUCGCAGUCUUCGUCGACCUCUACCAAGAGCAAGCCUCGCGUUUGGAAGAGCCUGAAGCAGGUGGUGACGGCCGAGCGUCUCCAACCGGGAGCCUACGCGGCGCUCGAGGCGGCGCCCUCGCUGCGUCCCUGGCGCAAGUACUCUGACCUGACGGGCCUCGUGGCGCCGUACACGGACCCCAAGACCAAGCUGCGCUACGCCAACAGGCACGAGUACGCGCGACUGCGCCUGCUCACCGCCGACCAGGUCAACGGGUAUCUGGUGCUCAGGAGGGCCGCGCUGCCCGUGACGUAGACUCGCUUAACUCACAGUGCACCAUUGCCGUUGCCUCGUUGCUUGACUUCUAGCCUGUGUUCACCGUUUGCCCGUGCGACAUACACGACUUAUCGGAAGGACGUCGUGUGCGAUCGGCCGACGGAAAGCUGUCGUUUUGUUUGUUUUGAAACCCUGUCUCAUCCGACCGCGCGCGUUUGCAUGCGCGUACGAGUCUUCAUAUAAAGUGUUUCGCAUUUCGAACUCGUUAGUGGGUGUGCAUUGACCUGCCCCCCCCCCCCCCUACUCAAAGUACGUAGUACAUACCACCCGUUGUCACGACAUAAAUAAAAAGGGGAUGUAGUGCAUGUGCGUCUAUUACAUAAGAACGGAGACGCUGCAAGUACGUGGCAGGACUUGCGAAAAACUUAUUUGACUGGUCUGUGCUGUGCCCAUGCAUUCAAUGUAAUAACACCAUCCAGUUUGCCUGUCGGUAUUAAAAAUGCUGUACUUUUACUCACACCUGAAGAGUUCGCCAUCACCUUAUUCCGUAAAGUUGUAGACGUGGACAUUUAAAGCGCAGUAAAUUCACCACAGUAAGGUUCAAACAACGGGCAGCACGGGAUCAUGAACGACGGAAGCUUGCCCCUCGCGAGCACUCUUUCUCAUUUGGUUCUUCUUGACCUGUCGUCCUUUGUCCCGCACUCCCAAUUCUUCGAAUUCUGUGUGCAUUCGCAUGCAUUUUAUUGUUUUGUGUUCUUGAAUUUUUCCGUGUAGUUAUGCCAGUGUGAUUUACACACUCACAGGUUUUUGUACAUGGUACAGGUGCUCACGAGAGUGGUGGAACAUCGUGUUUAUAUUGUGCAAUAGCUGUGUGCUAGUCCAGACACACAUGUGCGGAUGAAAAUUGACUGUUAUCUUGGUUGGUUGGUCAGACGUGGACUGUGAAUCAAACAAGCACCAAUAGACCGACAUGCUUCCCCGACGUCAGCUUCAUGAAGAUGCAAAAAGGCACUUGUAAAGUAUAUCCAAGAAAGGUAGAUUUUUCUUUAUGCACGUGUUCUGCAGGCACCUUUUCUCCAGCACAUUCACUAACUGGCUGUUCAACUUUUCUUAGAAGGCACUGAGAUCGGGCUAGUUGGUACUGAUCCAUAGUUCCUGUAAGCGCGAAGGACAGGUCCUGUGUCCUUCGAUUGUGUUACGUGUCCUUCGCGCUUACAGAAACUAUGGAUUUUUCGUGGUCAUUGGAAACUUAUUCUUACAUUGCAGCCUUACCAAUUGGUCUCUGUUUGAACGCUGGAAAAACAAUUUAAUGUACGUAUUCCGAAAUCUGGCUUUACCCACGGCUGUCGAUGAUACUAAAUGCAAGCGAAUGCACGUAAACACGAAAAGAUGCAGUGCUCUGUGAGGAUGCCAGCAGAACGGAUGCCAGCAGACAGUGACAGCACCACUAUCGCAAUUGCAACAAAUGCUGGCAAGAAAACCGCAAUUGCCACUUUUUCUUUGACUGUACAACUUAAAACUAGGCGGCAGCCACUGCGGCACUACUUCUCGCACACAAGCGAACGACUUCUUUGCACUUCUUUGAGUUUAACGAGACGGAUAAGCACCACACACCAAAUGCAAAGAAUAAGCGGUCCAUUUGGGUAUUUGGUCCGAGUUGCCGUUUCAAUGUCAUGUGAGCUUCCGGGCUGACUGAUUUCCUGCGCACCCGGUGCACUCAGUUUCGGUAUCCCAUUGAUCGGGAUCUUGAAUUUUGGGGAUUAUUAUCUCAAACUAUGUGCAUUUUUUUCAAUUAAAAAAAAUGGUCAUGUCGUAAGUUGUCACGCUCUACAGCUCUUACAUAUAAACAACAGCCCUUAAAUGAAUAAUUAAAAAGUUAAUUAGUGAAGUUUUGUUAAUUACUUAUUUGAAUGGAACUUUAAGUAUCGCAAUGUUUUUCCACCUCGACGUAGAGUUCAUUUACGAAGAUGACAGGGGUCUCAUUAUCAUACCAUCUUUAUUAAAUAUGUGUAUUGCCUAAGAAAACAUCCUGUAUACAAUUGCUAUUUCUGUAUGUGACACCAACGGCAGAGGAUGCAAUUACUCGGCAAUUCCAGUGACAAAUGGAGCUGGUGCUUUAUACGUCACAAUUUCAUUGCACUUGUCUCAUUUUACACAAUUACGGCUUUUUCACACGGGCCAUAUGUAGCAGCCGCUGGAGUCGGUGGCCUAUAGCAAAUUGCACUCGUGAGAUUGCCAAAGGUGGUUUACCAUUUUCGCAGCGGUUGUAACACUUCGGCACGCAACAACCUGUCAUAGUGA